UGCAGCAGUACCGAGAAUGUUUGCUGAUGAUACGAACAUUAGUUAUGCGGCCAACACUAUCGCCGAACUAGAAAAUGUUAUUAAUUCGGAAUUAAAAAAAUUGAAAAGCUGGUUGGAAGCGAACAAAUUAAGCCUUAAUAUCGCUAAGACAGAAUUUAUGAUAAUAGGAUCUCGACAAC